AUGCUUUCUCGCUCUACUGCUCGUUGUCCCGCUGCUCUUGCAGGCAUUCGUCAGCGUGCUAUGCAGACUGGCCUUAAAAAGUUCGUAGCAUUCCCUGAGGUCUCGGAUGAACGUGUUAUCCCGGCUGUUGCCAAGGUCCUCAAGGAGAAGAUUGCCCAACCUGUGUUGGUGGGCGACCGCGAGGCAGCUUAUAAGUGCGCCAAGGCGAACAACGUGUCUUUGGAAGGCGUGAGGAUCAUUGAUCCAGCACUCCAUCCUGAGGUUGUGGAACAGACCGCCACUGUCUUAUUCCAGAAGCGCCAAAAGAAGGGCAUGACUAUUGAUGCCGCCCUUGAUACCGUGAAGAAUUCUCCCCUUAUGAUGGCGAAUUUGAUGUUGACCACUGGCCAUGUUCAAGGAGUAAGCUAA